GAAAAAAAAGCAAUUGUAGAUCAGAUCGCGCCAUCGCACACCAGUCGACCCAUUUUUCAACGCGAAAAAUAAAAACAAAAUCAAAAACAACUAUGGAUCGUUGGCUGAAUCGCGUUGCCGUCGUCACGGGAGCCAGCUCGGGAAUCGGAGCUGCCUGCUGCAAGGAUUUGGUGGCCAAGGGCCUGGUCGUCGUGGGUCUGGCACGUCGCGAGGAACGACUCAGCCAGUUGAAGGCAUCACUGCCGGCGGAUCAGGUCGGUCGCUUCCACGGCCGCAAGUGCGAUGUGAGCCAGGAGCAGGAGGUGAUCGACACCUUCGCCUGGAUCGAUGCCACACUGGGCGGAGCCGAUGUCCUGGUCAAUAACGCGGGCAUCGUUCGUGCCGGCGUGGGCAUCACCAAGGAGGGCAAUGCGGCGGAUCUGCGUGCCAUUUUGGACACCAAUGUCCUGGGCGUUUCGUGGUGCACCCGUGAGGCCUUCAAGUCGCUGCAAAAGCGCAAUGUCGACGACGGUCAUGUGCUGAUCGUGAACAGUGUGGCCGGACAUCGGGUGCCCAACAUUCCCGGCUUCACCAUGGGCAUGUACUCACCAUCCAAGCAUGCCAUCACCGCUCUCACCGAGGUCCUGCGCCAGGAGUUCCAGAACAGCAAGACAAAGACCAAGAUCACGAGCAUCAGUCCCGGCGCCGUGGACACCGAGAUCGUCGACAAGGAGGCCCUCGUCCAUUUCCCCGACCUGCCCAUGCUGCGAUCCGAGGAUGUGGCCGAUGCCGUCAGCUACUGCAUCCAAACCCCACCAAAUGUCCAGAUCCACGAGCUGAUCAUUAAGCCCAUCGGCGAGACCAUCUAGAUGCCCAGUUUCUGACUGUAUUCGUAGUUUUAACGCCACCUUUUCUACCAAAUUAUAAUAUUAUACGUAUUUGAUGAGUGUCUACAAAAA